GGCCGCCCCCCCAGCAUGGCAGAAGCUGAGGAAGAUUGUCAGUCGGAUGCUGUCAGGGCAGGAAAUGAUGAGGAAAAUGAAAGCUCUGCUGAAACAGAUCUGCAGGCCCAGCUCCAGAUCUUCCGAGCUCAGUGGAUGUUUGAACUUGCCCCAGGUGUGGGCACGAGCGUAGACACUCGACCAGGCAGAGCGGCGAGAGGUUCUUCACUGAAAGCAGCAGACGGCAAAGGAAAACAAGAACUGGCAAAAGAAGAAAAGGCUCGUGAACUCUUCCUAAAAGCAGUAGAAGAGGAACGAAAUGGAGCUCUCUAUGAAGCCAUCAAGUUUUAUCGUAGGGCCAUGCAGCUUGUACCUGAUAUAGAGUUCAAGAUUACUUAUACCCGGUCUCCAGAUGGUGAUGGCGUUGGAAACAGCUACCUUGAAGAUGAUGACGAUGAUGACGAUGAGGACGGUGAUGGCAAGAUGGCAGAUCUCUUGUCCUACUUCCAGCAGCAGCUCUCGUUUCAGGAGUCUGUGCUCAAGUUGUGCCAGCCUGAGCUCGAGAGCAGUCAGACUCACAUCUCAGUCCUACCCAUGGAGGUGCUGAUGUACAUCUUCCGGUGGGUGGUGUCCAGUGACUUGGACCUCAGAUCCUUGGAGCAGCUGUCACUGGUGUGCAGAGGAUUCUACAUCUGUGCCAGAGACCCUGAAAUAUGGCGCUUGGCCUGCUUGAGAGUCUGGGGCAGAAGCUGUAUUAAACUUGUGCCCUACACGUCUUGGAGAGAGAUGUUUUUAGAGAGACCCCGUGUACGGUUUGAUGGCGUGUAUAUCAGUAAGACCACAUAUAUUCGUCAGGGGGAACAGUCUCUCGAUGGUUUCUAUAGAGCGUGGCACCAAGUGGAAUAUUACAGGUAUAUGAGGUUCUUUCCCGAUGGCUCUGUGAUGAUGCUGACCACGCCUGAGGAACCGCAGUCCAUCGUUCCGCGUUUAAGAACUAGGAAUACCAGAACAGAUGCAAUCCUACUGGGCCAUUAUCGCUUGUCACAAGACACAGACAAUCAGACCAAAGUAUUUGCUGUGAUAACCAAGAAAAAAGAAGAGAAACCACUUGACUAUAAAUACAGAUAUUUUCGUCGUGUCCCUGUCCAAGAAGCAGAUCAGAGUUUCCACGUGGGGCUGCAGCUCUGUUCCAGUCGCCACCAGAGAUUCAACAAACUUGUGUGGAUACACCACUCUUGUCACAUUACCUACAAAUCGACUGGGGAGACGGCAGUCUCUGCCUUCGACAUCGACAAGAUGUACACGCCCUUGUUCUUCGCCAGGGUCAGGAGCUACACCGCUUUCUCCGACAGGCCACUGUAGAGCCUACGCCCAGUCCUCUGUCACUGUUGCAUGAAUCAAAAUAUAGAGAGCAAAAGAGUAUCUAAGUUAUACAUGUACAUACAUAUAUAUACCAUAUAUAUAUAUAGAUAGAUAUAUAUAUAUAUAUGGAACUGGAACUUAUUUUGCAUUGUUGGAGUUCUUUUAAGGAGAAUAUAAAUUGAUUAUUAUUUUUUUUUUUUUAUUUAAAGGGGAAAUAGCGGACUCUGGGGAUGUUUUUGUUUUGAAGUUGAAAAGUUGAGAUUACACAUGAUUUAAUCACAUUUAUGUUGCGGGAGGGGGGGAAAAACAAACCUGAAUAUAAUGAGGUUUAAAUCAUACCCCUUCUCAAGCAGGCUUCUGAGCAGAUUUCUGUCCCAUCAGCCAGCCGUCCUCGACCUGACCAUUCCCGGUAUUUAUGUACGUCAGGAAGAGCGCCACCAGAGAAAUAAUUUAUUUCACGCAUGAUGUAACGUCCUUGCACUGAAGGCUCAAAAUGUGAAAAAUCUGUUCUGGAUUUUGUUUGAAUCUGUUUUGACGAAUAAAGAUCAUAUAUAAGUGUUUCUUUGAAGAAA